UUCACUUUAGUCUCAUACUUGAAACAGACCAGUUGUGUUAAAAAGUAAAAAAAAAAGAAAAAUGAUUAAAAAAUCAUUUUAAACCAAGAAACCAAGAAAACUAUUGUUAUUAUUUAAUUGUGGAAUACCUGGGAGGCCUUUUUAUUACAGUCAAAAGUAAAAAAAAAAUCACAAUUAAAUAAUUUGCUGAGUCAUAAACGUAUGCAUAUAUGUGUGAAUAUAUUUGAAAAUUGAAGAAAACGCAUCUCAAUAAGUACCAAAUAGUAGAACAAAAAUGAAUAAGUUCUAGAAUAUUUUACCUUUUUGUGGUGAAAAAUAUUCCGUAUGGAAAUUUCGUGUAAAGGCACUUUUAGCUGAAAAUGAUGUUUUAUUUGUUAUUGACAAGGAAAAACCACAAGAAGUAAAUGAGAUCUGGACAAAGGCAGAGAGGUCAGCAAAAAGCGUCAUAAUAGAAUUCUUGAGCGACUCUUUUUUAUCAUUUGCUGAUAAUAAUUCGAUUGCUAAAGAAAUUUUUGAAAAAUUAGAUUCGAUUUAUGCUCUCAGUGCGGAAACAAUUAUUGACAUUUAAAUUAAAUGGUGAUACUCCUCUCAUUAUUCAUUUCAAUAAAUUUGACGAAUUAAUCUGCGAAUUAAUGGCAUCGGGAGCAAAUAUCGAGGAGGUGGAUAAAGUAGCUAACCUUCUUCUAACAUUACCUUCAAAUUAUGAUGGAGUUUUUACAGCGAUAAAAACUUUAUCUGCCGAACAUGUUACUCUUUCUUUUGUCAAAAACGGCUUAUUUGACCAUGAAACUAAAAUAAAGAAUUUGAGCAAGGACACAAGCAAUAAAGUAUUUCAAGUGAUAUUUUUCAAUAACAACAAAUAAAAGGCAUUGCAUCUGAAAUCAAAAUUUAAGGCAAAAUCCAUGAAGAACUUUAAAUCCUAUUUAAAAUGUCACCAUUGCGGUAAGAAAGGUCACUUCAAGAAAGAUUUCUUCAGUUUCAAAAAGGGUUUAGUGAACCAAGUUAAAAAAAAACAAGCACAAGUUGCUAAUGUCCAAACAGGUGCGUUUAUGUUGAGGCAGGGCAGAAAUUAUACAGGUGAAGCUGAUGUAUCCUUCGUAUUGGACUCAGGAGCUUCAGACCACAUGAUAAAUUACAUAAAUCUGUUCUCAACUUAUUCUACCCUGGAUACGCCAAUCGAGAUUGCAAUUGCAAAGCAAGGUGCAUAAAUAUAUGCUUCUGCAAAGGGAACUUUACAGCAAUCUUAAUACGAAUAUUACACUCGAAAAUGUUCUGUUCUGCAAAGAUGUUCCACAGAAUUUACUGUCCGUCUCGAAGAUGCAAGCUGCAGGCAUGACAAUUGAACUCAAUUCAAAGGGAGUGCACGUUUCGAUGAAUGGACAAGAAGUUCUUGAAGAAAAAAGUCGAGAGCUGAAUUGAUUCGAGUUUCAGCUGCUGUGAUGGGAAUUGAAUUUUCGUAUGCAGCGGAGACUGCUUUUGUGUCUCCAACUCUUCUUAAAAUCGGAGUUAGGCAUCAACAGAUGACUCUGGUUUGGGCAUUAUCUCCGUUAGUAGGAUUCUUUGUAUGCCCUAUAUUGGGAUCGCUAUCUGAUCGAUGUAAAUUGAACAUGGGUCGUCGAAGGCCGUUUAUUCUUCUAUUGUCAAUAGGAAUAGUUAUUGGACUUAUUUUAGUACCCAAUGGAGAAUUCUUGGGGUACUGGUUUGGAGAUGAAAAUGAAUAUUACCAUGAAUCCAAAGUUAGAAACGCUUAUUCUCAUCCUUGGGGAAUAUUUUUUACUAUUCUGGGAACCGUACUCCUCGACUUUGACGCAGACGCAUGUCAAAGCCCUGCCCGUGCUUAUCUCUUAGAUGUAUGUGUUCCUGAGGAUCAUGCAAAAGGUCUGUCAACAUUUACAGUUAUGGCGGGACUAGGUGGAUUUUUCGGAUACUCAAUGAGUGGACUCAACUGGGACGAAACUGAAAUUGGAAGGAGUUUAGGUGGUCAUGUAAAGGCUGUUUUUUCAAUAAUAACAGUUAUUUUUGUCACCUGCGUAACUGUAACCCUAACCAGUUUUUCUGAAAUACCACUUUGGGUACUAUCGAAUUCGCAGUCCAAAAUUUACGUUCAAGAUCAAGAGCCUUCAAGGCAAAAUUCUGCGACAUAUGGAACUUUUGAAGAAAUGGAAGCGGAUUCCCCAGAUGUCUAUGAACAGGCAAGGUCUGACGCACCAAUUCAUGAUUCCAACGAAAUCAACGACAUUAUUGAAACCAGUUUUACUACAACAUGUAAUGUAGAAAUGGCUAACGAAGUUAAAUGCUCUCUUCAAGAAAAAUCUGUGGAAAUAGAGUCUCUUCGCCACUAUUUGUUAUCGAUCGUAAACAUGCCUUUUUCCUUGAGAAUGAUAUGCCUUACUAAUCUCUUCUGUUGGAUGGCUCAUGUUUGUUAUUCCCUGUAUUUUACUGAUUUUGUAGGGGAGGCAGUAUUCAAAGGGGAUCCAAAAGCAGCGCAAGGCUCCGAACGUCAAAUAAGAUACGAAGAGGGAGUUCGGUUUGGAUGUUGGGGUAUGGCAAUGUACUCUCUUUCAUGCUCCUUUUAUUCACUUAUUAUUGACAAGCUUAUUGCUCGUUUUAGAGCUAAACAUGUAUAUGUUGGAGGACUAAUAUUUUAUAGUAUUGGAAUGGCAUUAAUGGCACUAACUCGAGCCAAAUUAAGUGUCUUAAUAUUUAGUUGGACGGCAGGAGUUAUGUACUCUACGCUUUUCACCAUGCCAUAUCUACUUGUUGCACACUACCAUAAUUUAUCUACAUUUGACUUAAAUGAAAAUGGUGAGGCAAAGCGUGAAACGAGUGUGCGUGGAUUGGGAACGGAUAUUGCUAUUAUAAGUAGUAUGGUUUUUUUGGCCCAAUUUAUUUUAUCGUUAUGCAUGGGUACAAUAAUUACUUCAUCUGGAACUACCACGUCUGUUAUUUGUACCGCAAGCGUUUUAAGUUUUUGUGGCGCCCUAUCUGCUACAAAAAUAAUGUAUUUGGAUUUAUAAAGAAUUAAAUAUGAAUGAAUUAUUAUUAUAAAAAAAAAAAGCGAAACGAAAAAAGAAUAAUUAUUGUAUAUGUGUUGGAGCAGUCCACUAAUGUAAAAAAUUCAAACAAUAAAAUAGGAUAUCAAAGAAUGAUCAACAUCUUA